AUGGGAUGCAAUGAAUCACGUAAAGAGAAUAAGAUCUCACUAAAUGAAGUGGUGUUGGAUAAACUACACAGAUUGUUUGAUAGAUUGCGCACUCGUUAUAGAGAAACUGCUUCAACAGACUAUCUGUGCUAAGAGAGUUUGGAGUUUCUAUGUGAUGGUAAUCCAUCUUUGGGAGGAAAACUAUAUCAGUUCAUGUUGAAGCAUUCCACAAACAAGAAAGUGGAUUUCGAGAACUUCAUCCCCAUAGUCGAAAUCUUGAUUGAAGAACCAAGUUCUUAUCAUCUCCAAGGAUACAGAUCGCUGGACAAGAUGGAGAUCUUUUUCCUUAUUAGCUUGCAACGACUAUCAAUAGAUGAUCCUGAAUUCAAAGAUUCCAAUGUAUCCUACUUAGAGGCACUACAAUUUCUCCAAGAUGUAGAGUACAUUUCUUUGAGAUCAGGUUUGGCAUUGACUUCAAAAUUCACUCCAGAUGAAUCAGUUGCUCGAUCCAUAUUGAGUGCUGUGUAUCCCAACAGUUCUGGAGCUGUGAAAUGGUGGAGUCUCGUACUCUUCUUUAAAUAGCUAUUCCCUCACCUAACAGAAUAAGUUAAGCAAUAUUUCACCAUGCUCUUUUUGAGUGUACAACAAUAGAAACUCUAAGCAAGAUUUACUAAACCAUCUUAUUUACUCAAUAGUCCCCAAUACAUCUAUUUAGCACUUGGAAAUGCAUACAUUAAAUCAUCAAGUCAAGUCAAUUUGUUAUGGAGUAAUGCUGUCUCAGGAUGGAAUUUCGAGUCUCUCUACAGAGCUCUGUUAUCAUUUGACGGACCAACCGUAUUCCUCUUGAAAUUCAGUAAUGAUUCUGAGGAGUCAAUUGUUGGAGCCUUCCAGAAGAAAAAAUGGAUUGAUUCAGGUUUAUAUUAAGGCAACGAGGAAAGUUACCUUUUCCAACUGAAUCCCAAAUACAAAGUGUUUGCAGCCAGUCGUUUCAAAAGAACAUUCCCUAAUGAAAGUGAUUAAAAUACUCAAAAUUACUCCUAUCUACAUUAUUUCGGAGAAGGAGUUGGAGAUUACAAAGGCUUAAAUGAAGUCGCACCAUCCGGAGUUGGUUUUGGAGGUGCCAACAAUAAGUUCAGAUUGUGGAUAGAUGCCCAAGAUAUGCAAAGAAAAAGUUAUGUUACUCCAGAAGAUGAAACCUAUAAAAAAGGCUCAUUGAUCAACCCAGUGUUGAAAGAAUACAAAUUGACCUAUGCUGAAAUUUGGAGUGUCGGAAAAGAAGUCGAUAUUCUGAGCACUCAAUUAUUAAUUGAAAAGGCAAAUUAUUUAGAAUCCCAUUAUCUGAGAUCUUCCAUGAGAGUUCAAAAAGAAAUGAUUGGAUUAAUGAAAGGACCAUUAAAUAUGGAAGAAGAAUAACAGGCUCGUUUGUCUGGAGUUUCCAAGUCUCAUAUUAGAACUUCCUCAGCAGUUCAAUAAUCAAGGAAAGCCUAGAUUCUAGACAUGGUUGAUCCACAGGCUGUUCAACCUAACUAUUAAUCUAAUCAAAGAAAUACUUAAACCUCCUUGGCCAGAAGCAAGACCUCCAAGAGCUAUGUGCCUUAACCAGCUUAAAUUCAGGAAGAAGGCGUUGAAGAAACCGGUUUCGGAGCAACUACUUUGUUUAGAGGCAGUGCUCCCCCAGAAUAACCAAGAGAACCCGAUGUCGGCUAUGGUGCUACAUAGCUUAUCAGAAGUUCAUAUCAAAAAGAAUGA